GGUGAGACCGAGGUCCCGUCGGUCGCCGUCACUAAGUCUCCCAAAGGAUCUGGCCUGGACGGGCUGGAGGUCGAGCCCGACUCCUACGACGUCCCCCUCGACCUCUCCUCGGACGAGGAGUACCUGAGCGUGGAGGAGGCCGACCCCUCGCGAGCCACCCGACUCAAGAAAUCGGUCGUGAAGAGCACCGAGACCCUGAAGGCCGCCUUCUCCAAGGAGAACAUGAGCAAAACCAAAGGCAACCUGGGCACCAAGUUCCACAACCUGGGCGAGAAGGUCAUGCCACCAGAGCGGAGGGACAAGAUGCACCAGGCCGGCGAGCGGCUGAAGCAGUCCGGCGAGCGGCUGAAGGAGAACAUCGCCAAGAAUGCGCCGAACAAAGAGACCUUCCGCAUCAAGCUGAAGAAGGAGAGAGCCGUCGCCGAGGGCCAGGAGGGCGCCGAGGCCGAGCUCCACAACCAGGCCCCGGUGGAGGAGAAGCCGGUCGCUUACACCGAGGUCGCAAUGGAAACCAAGAGGGAGGGGCCGGUGGAGGAGGAGGCCGGCGCCACCCGGAUAGCUGAAGAGGAUUACAGGAAGUAGAUCGGAUCGGACACGAAAGUGGAGUCGGGACUAUGGAGAAAGCACGUGAAUGCUGAGGAUUUAGAGAGGUCUGUGAUUGGUCGACAUUGAUGAUGGACUAUUUAUUUUUGCUAGAAUGUUUUAAAAUGGAAGAAGUGGAAGAUACGACACUGGUUAUUUAUGAAAAUGUAUUUUCAGGGUGUUGGUUCAACUCUGUCAGAUGUUAUCUGUUGACAGGUUUUAACAAUCAAAUGAUUUAAACACCUUGACAUGAAUUCACUAAGAAAAACUAUUUCAGAGAUGUGAAGAUGGUUCCCAGGUAACCAGGGUCACAGUGCACAGUGAGGUUUAUCUGGAAGGAAAAGAAGGAUGAUGAAUGUUGAUCUUUCACCUGGAUGUACAUAUAAUAUUGAACAUACUGCUAAAAUGGGGGGGAGGUAAAAACACAGAUUUGGUGGGUGCAGGACUCAGCUGGUCUCUGAGACGCCCAGAGAGGAAACACAACAACAACGUCAGACUGGUUUCUGUGUGCAAAAUGACAGGAAGGAGACUAAACUUUGACGUGCUUAAAAGCAGCACCAGCGAUCGCUUAGAUAGAGAUUCAACAAAGUCAGGGACUUCAUUACCCAGCAUUCAUUUGAUAAACGCUGAAACAAUGAGAAGUUCACGGGGCAGAGAGUUGGUCAUGGAGGGCUAGAAUACGGGUUAGCAGUUAGCAGAUUAGCAUUAAAUUACAGUUACUUAAAUAAAAGAGCAAUAGUCAGAAUGAACUGCUUUGUUUCACUGCAGCCGAACAUCCACCAACACAAAACAUACUUUAUGUUUCUGUCUUACAGCAACGCUUUAGUGGCCACGUUUCUGUCACCGUUUAUCAUGAAUGUAGUUCGUUUGUUUAUUUGUGUAGCGUCUUUACACAACAGUGCAAUUCAAAGUGCCUAUUUAUAAGUCAAAUAGAGCACAUAGACACAAGAAUAAAACACAUUAAACACCUUUAAUUGAAUAAAACGAAGUGGCCAGUUUUGAUUAGUCAGCUGUUUCCCCAACUGGUCGUUGUAGCCUCGGUGGACGUUUCACCGGAACUUUUUCAAUCUCUUGAGUAAAUGUAUAAAGUGGACGAAGGUUCAAAGGUCUGGAACCGGCUGCUUUAGGAGGACUUUAUUCAAAUGUAAUGAAAACAUGAAUUCAGAGGUUAGCAUUGACGUGAAUGCAUCGAACGUCUCUCAACCUCCUCAACU